AUGCUUCAAACCAACGUUCAACGAAUGCCAUCGAAAAAGUCUGCCCCUACCAACGGUCCACGGCUUUUGGCCAACCUGUCCCACACCAUCAUCGACGGGGCUACCGUACCUCCGCCUUCUCGAAUUCCAAGACGUGUGCCGAGCAAGCCUCCAAUUGCUGUGUCACCUUCCCGAUCACCACAUCGUCAGCCGCCUCAAGCUCCUUCAAAGCCGAGCAAACCCCCGAUUGCUGUGCCGCCUUCUCGUUCUCCGCCACGUCAGCUGCCUCUAGCUGCAUCAACCAGCUCAUCGUCAGACCAGCCUGCUCCUCGGCAGGCCACAAAGAACCUAAUCAUCGUCGAACCCAGCCGUUCACGAUCCCGCAACCGCAACCCAACCCGUACCGACUUCCGUGGAAAUGUUACUAGAAGACCACCACCCGACUUCAUCGCCAAUCGUUGUCCCGAUUUGACCCCUGAGCAGCUACAACGACGUCGGAAUGCCACCGAUACCUACCAUGUCGAAUUACGGUGGCAAUGGCGUACCGCAUAUGAUGACAAAUAUGGCUUUGAAGAAAAUACCGAAAGAUUCAAGCAAGAAGUGACGAAGGGACGAGGCCCGUUACGAUCGUUCUCCGUCGCCGUGCCCAGAAUUCUAGGCAUAGUGGUAAAUACGUUCCACAAAGUAGACAUGACCAGGAAGCGAAGCAUCAGUUACUUUAUGGGCCGCAGAAGCACGAAAGUCAGAAAUGUGUCGGAUGGGGAUGAUUCGGAAGAGAACAGUGUGGUUGCC